GACGAUGCGUUCCCCAGUUACGGUGUUGAGUGGUGUUGUCGGUUACGGUUGUCGGACCUGGUAUUCAGCCGCUCUGCGCUUUCGUCGGUUCAGGACCUCCAUCUCCAAUCGCAGAGUGUGUCACAAGCCAGGGUGGUACUUCGGCCUCGAGCACUAUCAGUCCGCGGCGGAUGACCUUGAACCCUCACUCGCUUUCAUUGAACUCUGCCUGAGAACGCAAAGUUCUGCACCCCAUUUCUUCGAUCAGCAAUCCCUUGAAAUUGUAGCGUCUUGUGUCUUUCUCAAGGCCAUCUCCCACACUCACGACACUCGAAGCUAAGAAACUAUUCACACGUCGCAUGGCGGACGAAUUAGACUCAACGACAGUACCUGCGGACUUUGUCAAGGAAGGAGGCGACUGGCUUGCCAUAUUCAAUCCCCGCGUACCACGCCAGAUGAACGUGCAGCUUGCAGCGCGGUACGUUCAUGAUGGUGUAGUUUGCAGCGUGAAAUUUUCCUUGGACGGGACAUUGCUUGCAGUGGGCACGGAAGGUGCCGUUGUUCUGUACAAUUUGAGUCUCGGGGAGAAAUUGACCUUCGCACUGGACGGGGACCCGGGAAAACCAAAUCAUGCACGAACUGUUUGCAUCAGUCCCGACGGAAAUUUCCUUGUUGCUGGUUCCGAAGACAAACUCAUAAGGGUCUGGAGUAUCACGAACCGCAUGCUAGUGCACGUUUUGAAAGGGCACCGCGGCGAGGUAUAUGCACUAGCAUUUACACCCGAUAGCAACACAUUACUGUCAGCGUCCGGAGAUUGCACGAUCCGCGUUUGGGAUGCCGCUCAAUUCACCGAGACUCUCGAUGCUAGCUCAAUUAUACUCGAUGAAACGAUGGAGGCUGCCUGUCGUGUACUUCGCUCAGUCAGCUCGGACGUCAAGCUUUCAUCCAAGCUCGCACUGACAUCUAUCGCCGUCCACUCAACUGGCAAGUUUGUUGCCGGGGGGUCACUGGAUGGGAUGAUUCGAAUCUGGAAGGUCGACGGGACUGCUGACGACAGUGCAGAGCCGGUGGAGAUGCUGGGUGGGCAUGAAGAUGCCGUGUAUAGUGUGCAGUUUGUAGAGGGCGGAUUGGUGAGCGCAAGCUUGGAUCGAACGGUGAAGCGCUGGGACAUAAGUGAGGUGGGUGUUGGUCGCGGAGAGUGCCGAAAAACUCUGAAAGGGCACAAAGACUGCGUCCUUGCCAUAUCUGUACUUCAGGUUGGAAGAGAACAUCGCAUCGUGUCCUCGUCUCGAGAUGGGACGGUGCGGAUGUGGGACUUGAAGACGGGAAUGGUUGAGUUCGUGAUUCAAGGUCAUAAAAACACAGUGACAACUGUGGAUCUUAGCAAGGAUGGACGGCUGUUAGCGUCCGGAAGUGGCGACCGCGAAGUGCGGCUGUGGAGCUACUCGAUCCUCUGAGAUUAUUUCGGCAAGCACAACUAUGUUUCGAUGUCACAGACGGGUCGACUGUAUGGGAGCUGCCAUGGUCACGGCGCGGUGAAGUGGGUCUUAAUAUAUGCGCGAUACACACGGACUGUUGCGGAGUUGGUGCGUUUAUGAGUAUAAGAUAUGAAAUACAGGAGGCUCUUUGAUACCAUCUCUAUGUUGAGGAUUACCAGAUGACUUCAUACACCAGUGUGAAGUAUUUUGUCAGAUCUAUGGCUCUGCACACGCUGACCUUGAGUUGCCAGGGAUUAUUAAAUUAACUUGUUGUCACUCAACCGUUGCUCAUACUUAUUUCGUCAAGCUGCUUGUGUUC